GACGGAGUGCGAGGUCAUGCAGACCUAGAAACGACAGUUACGUCCCUUCAACUCACGAAUGCGUUACAUCUUUUAGAAAGUUCUCUUCAGUCGUCAGCCAUCACCCACUCAGACAUGCAGCGGUGGUCGGGACGUGUAGCUCUCGUGACAGGAGCCUCGGCCGGUAUUGGGGCGGGGCUGGUCAAGGCACUGGUCAAGCAUGGCAUGAAGGUGGUGGGGUGUGCCAGAAAUGUCGACAACAUACAGAAACUAGCUGAUGAGUUGAAGGAUGAACCUGGCACGGUCAAGGCAGUGCGUUGUGAUGUAUCCAAGGAAGAAGAUGUCCUGGCGAUGUUCAAGAUGAUCAGGGCUGACCCUGACCUUGGCGGGGUGGACGUUUGCAUCAACAACGCGGGUCUGGCCCACGAUGACACCCUGCUGACAGGACGCACUACCCAGUGGAGAGAAAUGGUGGAUGUGAAUGUCCUCGGCGUGUGCAUGUGCAGCAGAGAGGCCUUCCAGUCCAUGCAGGAGAGGAAGGUGGAUGAUGGGCACAUCAUUGUGCUUAACAGUAUGUCCGGGCAUAGAGUCAUACCAAGGAGUGGGACACAUUUCUAUUCUGCUACAAAGUUUGCUGUCACUGGAAUAGUUGAAGGACUUCGACAAGAGUUGAGAGAAUUAAAAAGCGGGAUUCGUGUUACGUCAAUAAGUCCCGGUCUGGUGGAGACGGAGUUCAGCUAUCGAAUGAUGAAGGAUGAUGAAAAAGCGAAGGCGAUUUACAGCACGAUUCCGUGUCUCCAGGUGGACGACAUCACAAGCACUGUGAUAUUUGCCUUGCAGUCUCCAAAGCACAUGGAGGUUAACGACGUCCUCAUCAGGCCGACAGCUCAAUCCAGUUAGAGGAGGACAUCCAUCGGCAAGAUAUUCCAGAGCUGUGAUUUUGGUGUACCACACCUAAAGAUAUAUAGUGAUAAUUUUGUAUCUCAUGACCUGUAAUCAGAUAAAUCAUAAUGCUGUUACUUGUAUCAAACUGACUUGCAAACUUCCAAAGAAGUUGGUAUCAUUGAAUGGUGCUAAAUCAUGUCAUCCUUGAAUCUUUGUUGACAUCUUCUUGAAUAUUUCCUGUAGAACACAAUUUUAAGGAGCUUAGGCCUUUUUCAGUUGGUUUACAGAUCCUCGGACCCAAAAUACUGACAAAAUUGAAGAAAAAAACAGAAAAAGGAAAAUUAUUAAUUUGUAAAAACUAUUUGUAUCAUUGCCGACUGUUGCCGACCCUGAAAACCUUUGUAUAAGAAUAAAAACUAUAUUUCUAGAAUCUUGCAAUGCAGUAAAAUGAUGACUUUGCGAAAAAAAAAAACGUGCUACUUUGCAGUGGGAAUCACUUCUGUUUGUUGUUUGACACCGCACUGAGCUUCUGCAUUGAUUUACUUGACAAUGCAGUGUUGACAGUGAGGGUAUUAACUCCAGUGGGAAUCGCUUCUGUUGUUUGUUGUUUGACACCGCACUGAGCUUCUGCAUUGAUUUACUUGACAAUGCAGUGUUGACAGUGAGGGUAUUAACUCCAGCCUCAUCCAGGUACCUUGCCUUGGUAGUUCAGAAAUCUUUAUUUAUUUAGAUUUCUCUUCCCUACCAAACAUAUCUGCAAACCAACUGAAAAAGGUCCUAUUUUAGACAGGUAUAAGGAAUUCAGCUUGAAAGGUCUUCUCUGAACAGUGAAGUACUGGGAUACCUUUAAGUUCCUCAAACAAAAUUACAUCUACUGGCUUUCUUUUCAGUUUGUCUUUCUCCUAAAUUAUGCGUGUAUCCCAUUUUUGUGGGACCACCCAGUGUUAUUGCUGAUGAAUAUGGUUAUGAUUUCAUGCAUUUGGUUGAUUUCUUUGUUAUGUUUUGUCUUUUAACAAGUGACUGUUUCUAUGUACUAUAUACCAGGCAUUUUUUUAAGAUUCAGGAAAUAAAAUAUAUUAAAUUA